AUGGCUUUUCCUCUCUUCUCUCACUCCCUCCAACAACCACACUCUUCCACUGCAAAUCUCCACAGAACAACCCUCUUCAGAUCAGAGCUCAUCUCUGAGCCCAAACCCUUCACUGUCACCCCACCCACUACCUUCUUUGAAGUCACCAAACCCAUCGAAGUCCCCAAAACCAAACCUUGCUCAUGCCACAUCCUGCAGCAUGACUUUGGCUACACCUAUGGAAAGCCACCAGUGCUUGCGAACUACAAACCCCCUUCACAUUGCGCAUCACAAAACUUUGGGAAGAUCGUCUUUGAAUGGAAAGCAACAUGUAAAGCUAGGCAAUUUGACCGCAUUUUUGGGGUUUGGCUCGGCGGUGUUGAGAUUUUUAGAAGCUGCACGGCGGAGCCCAGAGCUACUGGAAUUGUUUGGACUGUUCAGAAGGACAUUUCAAGGUAUUGUUCUCUGCUCAUGACCCAUCAAACACUUGCUGCUUAUCUGGGUAAUCUUAUUAGUAAUACUUACACUGGAGUGUACCAUGUAAACAUCACUAUUUACUUUUAUCCUGUUGAAGAAAUGGCAGUCAUUACAAGCCAAAUUUGGGGAAUUUAG